AUGGAUAUCCGACGUUUCUCACAAAAGUAUAACUGCUCAUUGGAGAAGUCAGCUCUAAAAUGGGCUGAGCAGGCUCAAUGUCAAAUGGUUCAUUCGUAUUGGGAUGGAAUCGGAGAGAAUCUUUACUCUAUAGAAGGACUUCAGUCUACGAGGGCAUCGAAGAUGUAUGCAGCUGAGGAUGCCGUGUCACAGUGGGCAAUUGAGAUUCGGCGGUUCGGCCUUAAAAGAGACAUCAACGAAUGGACCAUGAAUAUCGGUCAUGCCACGCAGGUUAGUUUGCAUCUUCUCACUUGA